AUGAUGCUAUCUGGAAGUUGCAGUGGUUUCCACGAUCUGCCGGAGGGUUGUAUUGCCAAUGUGCUGUCAUUGACAAGCUCGAAGGACGCCUGCCGGCUGUCUUUGGUAGCCUCCACAUUCCGUUCAGCUGCUGACUCUGAUGCGGUUUGGGAGCGGUUUUUGCCGCCUGAUUAUGUCGAUAUCAUCUCUCGCUCAAUUGACGACCCUGAUCUGCUUCUCACUAAAUAUCGCUCCAAGAAAGAGCUCUAUUUCCACCUCUGUGAUAACCCUAACAUCAUCGACAGUGGCACCAAGAGCUUUUCAUUGGAGAAAGGAACCGGAAAGAAGUGCUUUAUGCUGGCUGCAAGGGACCUCUAUAUUCUGUGGGGUGAUAUACCUCAAUAUUGGGCAUGGAUUUCUCUUCCCGGGUCUAGAUUCCCUGAGGUAGCAGAGCUUCUUAAGGUGACUAGGUUUGAAGUUCGUGGCAAGAUAAAUGCCAGUAUGCUAUCUUCAGGAACGAAAUAUUCAGCUUAUAUGGUUUUCAGUACGAAAUCAGGAUUUCACGGAUUUGAUUACCAACCUGCUGAGGCUUCGGUGGGUAUUAGUGGGCAUGAUGGUCAAAAACGAACUGUCUGCUUAGAUUUGCACUCCUAUCAGUAUUCACGUGUUAAUCAUCGCAUGCCUCCCAGAUUUUAUAUAUGGUUGCAUGGCAAUGUGCCCAUAGAUCACAGUGCUGAGUACCCCAAGUUGAGGGCAGAUGGAUGGAUGGAAGUUGAGUUGGGAGAGUUUUUGGUAGAGGGAAAACAAGAUUGGGAUGUGGAAAUUAGUUUGAUGAAGGGUGGAUACUGGAAGUGGGGUCUCCUUAUUCAAGGUAUUGAGAUCAGACCAAAAGCUGGGUGA